AUGUCAGAUAUCUCCCGAAUUAUAUCAGAUUUAGAUAAUAGAUUAUUAUUUAAGGACCAGUUACAGUUCCUGACCCUUUUUGUUGAGUUGCUAGGAAAAUUUGGCUUUAGGGGGGAUACGAGCCAGUCGGAAGUGAGCUCACGUCAUGUCCGGCUGGCCGUGAGUGGGAAAUGUGCAGUAGUGAGCAAGUGGAAGAAGACAAUCACAAAUGGAUUAUCACGAGCGGGAAAUGUGAAGAUGGAAGGCAAUCGAGUGUCACGAACAGAUUAUCAGCUGUCUAUAGCUUUUCUACAGCGGGCAACAGGAUCAUUUGAUCCAGCCCGUGAGUGUUUCGCUGAUAACAGGAUGGGUUGCAACGACCCUUGUCUUAGGGCUAACAAAUUUGACCUAAUACGUCGUCUUAUUAUUGAAGAAGACCCUACAUUUUUUCCUAUUGUUUCUCCUGAUAGCUGUAAAAAUGAGCACAAGACUGAAAGCAGUACCAACAUUCUCAAAGAUGUGUUGCAAAAGCGGACCCAUACUGGCACUGGAUUCAGCUUCAAGUGUAUUCUGGAUUAUACUGAUCACUACAGGUCUGGAACAUUAACUCCUUCUCAAGUGGCAGAAAAUAUCAUUAGAGCCAUUGAAGACAGUGAAAAUAUGAACCCACCUCUGAAAGCUUUAGUGCAGUGGGACCAAAAACUCAUCCUAAAGAUGGCAGAUGCCUCUACAGCACGUUACAGAGCUAAAACUCCUCUCUCACCACUGGAUGGUGUCCCAGUUUGUAUCAAAGAAGAACUGAAAGUGGUGCCAUUUCAUUAUCGUGCAGGUACAGUCUUCUUAGGAAAGGAACCAGAGACUUCUGAUGCCACUAUUACAAAGAAACUAAGAGAGGCUGGAGCAAUAAUUUUAGGAGUGACAAACAUGCAUGAGCUUGGAAUUGGUACAACUGGCUGUAAUCCCAACAGAUUCCAUGGGACUGCAAGAAACCCAUAUAAUCCUCAACAUUUCACUGGUGGGAGUUCUAGUGGUUCUGCAGCAGCUGUUGCAGCAGGUCUUUGCCCGCUAGCCAUUGGAACUGAUGGUGGAGGAUCUGUCCGGAUCCCUGCAACCUUCUGUGGUAUUGUUGGAUUAAAAGGUACUUUUGGUCGGAUCAGUUGUAAUGGUGGGCUGCCUCUGUCCUUCUCUACUGUUAGUGCUGGUCCACUAUGCAGUUCCGUACAGGAUGCAAUGAUUGCCUAUGCUCUGUUAGCUGUUCCAGAUCCAAAGUACCCACAUGGAUUACUACAGCCUCCUGUCUCAUUUGAUGGAGUCUUUACUUCUGACCUGAAGGGCCUCAAAUUGGGAAUCGACUGGGACUUUUUCAAGGACUGUAAUCCUGAAAUUGCAGAGGCAUGUCAACAAGCUGUUGAGCAUCUGAAGUGCCUGGGCGCCUCGAUAGUUGAUAUCAGAUUACCAGAGAUGGAAGAGGCUCGGUUGUCCCAUGUCAUAUGUAUACUGAGUGAGAUGAGGGCAUGGCUGGAGCAUGACUUCACUAAGCACUAUAAUGAAAUGAAUCUGGACACAAGAAGCACUCUGGCUAUGGGAAGUAAGUUUACUGCUGUGGACUAUAUACAGGCAAGCCGCCAGAAAACAAGGACCAUGAAGUUCCUGAAAGAUUUAUUUGUUGAUGUUAACUGUAUCCUUACACCAGGCACUGCCUGUACUGCUUCAGCUAUACUGCCAUCUGAUCUAAUCACAGGACAGAGUGAUAUUACAACUUUGACAGAAAGCAUGAAGUAUUGUCAGCUGGGUAACUUCACAGGGAUUCCAUGUUUAGUGAUACCAGUAGGAUACAGCUCAGCUGGUCUUCCUAUAAGCAUUCAGGUUAUGGCCAAGUGGUGGGAUGAAGCAGUGUUAUUCAGAGUUGGGUUAAAGUUAGAAGAGUUUCGCACUGAGACAAAGAAACCAAUUAUCUACUAUGAUACACUUUUUUAAAAAAAAAGGAGCAAUCCCAACAUCUUGCACAUAAAGUGCCCACUGUUGUCUGUCAUCAUGACCUUUGGCUUGGUGAAUCGACAGCAACAAACACAAUUUGGAGAUAUAAUGUUACAAAUAUCUAACUUGUGUGUAGAUUUUGGAAUGAGCUAUUACUACAUUAUCAUUUAUUGUUCUGUUAAGAUUAUUUUGUAACUAAAUUUGCUAAUAGGAAAAUGAGAUAACUGUCAUCCUAAGCUUAAUAUUUUUGACAAGGUGUCAAUACAGCCUUAUUUAUUAACACCAUAGUUUUUUGUGCAUAGGAUUUUGUUGUCAAACAUAAGAUUUGUGAAAAGUUAUAAUUACAUAACUUCACUUAAGUACUUUGUAAUCUUUCCACAAAGCAUUUAUGUAAUAUUAUUCUGUGUAGUAGGAACCACUAAAAUAAAAACUAUUUAAUUUAAACAAAGUAAUUUGUUUCAAAAUAAACUGACAUUUUGAUGCAUUUUAAAAAGA